AUGGAGAAAUCCGGAAUGAAAACUGAUUGGGUUCCACUUGCAUCUAAAGAAUGGAGAGGCUCAAAGCAUGCUCACUUCUCAUCACCUUCCAGGGAAUUUCCUUGCAUUCGACACGCUCCAUUAUCUAAUCGCUUCAAAACAUCACACUGUUUGGCUUACAAGGAAGAAUCUCAUCAUCCUGUUCUUCUUCAGGCUCAAACGCUGGAGCUACCAAAAGCUUCACCAGCGAAGAGGCAACAGCCACAAAACCAGCAGCAGCAAUCAGAGCCAUUGAAGUGUCCAAGGUGUGAUUCUACAAAUACAAAGUUCUGUUACUACAACAACUAUAACAAGUCACAGCCUAGGCAUUUCUGCAAGACUUGUAAAAGGCACUGGACUAAAGGUGGUACUCUCCGCAAUGUUCCUGUUGGUGGAGGCCGCAAAAACAAGCGGCUUAAGACAUCAAAUAGCAGCACAGCCGCCACCGCCCCUGCGAGCACUAGCACAGCCAGCGCCAUCAAAAGCUCCACUGCCGCUGGUGUUAACAAUAGGCUCAAUACUUUCAUGGCAAUUCAGCCGCAGCAACAAAGGCAGGAUCUUCAACUUCCACUUGCUGAUCAGAAGAACAUAUCGAAUAUUCAAUUUCAGGCGCUGAGCCGUCCACCAUCUUCACUGUUGCAGCAGAAUUCUAUCAAUUGCAGCAAUUUGGACGGCGAAAGUUUCAGCACAAGCAAUGGCGUGUUCCUGGGUUCAACCCUGCCUUUGCCUCCAACUCAAGGCUUACAAUUUCCAUUUUCAAGUUCAAGCUCAAGUUCUUUUGACACAACCCGAUCUUCGAUAUCAACCUCAUUUCAAUCUUCAACAAUCUAUAACUGCACUGGAGAAACAAUGGAGGAUCCAACCAUCACCAGCGUCAUCAUGCCCACCACAAGCGGUACUUUUUCACAGCCAUGGCAAGUCCCUAUUACAAGUGGUGGCAUGGACAUGACAAACUACUGGAAUUGGGAUGAUAUUGAUGCACUUGUUUCUACUGAUCUCAACAUGCCAUGGGAUGAUUCUGAGAUCAAACCAUGAAUGUCCUUUAACCUUAUGUCCAUUGUCUAUAGCUCUUUUUCUUGAUUUGGGUGUUCCUAUUUAGUAGAGGACGGUUCAAUUUUUUUUUUCUCUUUAAAUUUAUCAGUCUCUAUGAGAAUCCCACUCCUUUUGUUAUUUUUUCCCCUUUCCUAGAUUGGUUAUUAAUAUGUAUAGUCUGCCCUUUUAAACUUGUAACUGUUAAAAUGAGAUGAGACUGUUUGAGGCUGUCAUUUUUCAGAUUCAGCUUCAGGGUGAAGGUGUACAUUUUGUACUCUACCUCUUAUAUAAUGCAAUGUGUAUGUUGGGUUGGGUUUGUU